AGAAUUUCAAUCGCCCAUGACUCCUACUAUUUUCCCGGCAGCAAGUAUCAUUUCCAAUGCCAAUAUGAUCACCGUUAAAUGAUGAUUUGAUGUUGCAUGUGGACCAUGUACACUCAUAGAGCUUCCUUCGUAAUUCUUUCCUUCGCACAGUGUUUUUUUCGCAUUUCUUUGAAAUAAGCUACUAGUUUAUUCCUUCUAGGGGCCCUUGCGCUUUUGUAGGCGGCGGGGGCAAGGACAUAUUAGAUUAAUUGUAAGUAGUUCGUUCUAGAUGGUGUAGGUAUCAUCCAGAGACUAGUCGUGUAUUUCGUAUUGCUCGAUGACCACGACGUACCUGUAAGAAUACUAUCAGCGACGAAAAUUGUAGUGUUUAAGCAUGGUCCAUGAUGAGGAAAAAGAUGAGGUACAACUAGCUCCUGCGCGAGCCUAUCGUUGAGCAGUGUGCAGCUGUGGAGCAUCCAGUCGCGGAUGGCACCGCGCACUGGAAGUUGCGGUGUCCGCACUAGACGUUGCGGUGUGGACGACUCUCUGGUGAGAUAGCAGAGGUACUCUUUGCGGCAUAGCCACGCCGGCCAACAGUGUGUAAGUAUAGAUACAAAGGGUUGUUCCGUCAACAACGCCUGCAGGUGCUGUAGCUGACCACGACCUACAACUUGCCUUUCAAGACGGUUCUUUGGGCCAGCUAGACAACAAUUCUACUUCAACACUCAUUUAUCCUCCGACGCCGGAAUCUGCAACAAAAUGGGAUACGGCAGCAACGAUAAAGGCGGCUUCGGCGGAGGCGGCUUUGGCGGUGGUGGCGGGAAAGGCGGCUUCAAAGGUGGAGGAGGGUUUAGCUCCAAAGGCCAUUUCGGCGGAAAAAGCAGUAAAGGGAAAGGAGGUACGAGCGCAUGGUUGACACUUGACAGUUUAACUCCGAAACCGGUUCACCGUAACUAGAUGAUGAUCCAAAUUUUGAUUUAAAACAUGUCUCUCUAUUAUUUUUCUCUACGUACCUAGGCAACCCUUUCGGCGGCGGCGGCGGCUUCAGGGACAACAAGAUGAUCCAAAUUUUGAUUUAAAACAUGUUUUCAUCACUGGAACAUCAUGCGUACUUUUUUUCCUCUACCUAUUUUUUUUCCUCUCUCUAUUUUUUUUCCUCUCUCUAUUUUUUUUCUCUACGUACGACCUAGGCAACCCUUUCGGCGGCGGCGGCUUCAGGGACAACAAGGGCUACAGCAAGUACGAUAGCAAAGAUGGCGGCUCAAGUAAGGGCGGGGGCUACGGUAAGGGAGGUAAAGGCGAGAAAGGCAGCAACCCUUUCGUGAAGGAGGUCCGGCAUCUAGGGCACCAGAACUGCCAAGUCCUACAAAGAGCAGCAGUGCCAUUACCCAACCAUAUGAAGCAUUGGGACAGCGUAGACGCGUUGGCAAUGAUGGACGGAAAAAUAGUAGCAGGAAGCAGGGAUAAAUGUACUUCUCUUGUUAAUUCAACUGUAGGCUUACAAGAAACAUCAAUAACAGACUUCGUACUUCUUCAUAUAGUAGGCUAGCAGGUCUUAGGAUUGAAACCCAUGAUCUUGUUGUUGUAGUUCUUCUUCAACAAUUUCUUAUGGCUGUUGAAAAAGCGGAUUGUUUGAUUUGUCAGAAGUACAAUAAUCUGUUUGUAGACCUAUCGUCUGGAGGUGAUUGGCACGAGCAAAAGCUCAAACCAGUAGUGCAGCAAGAAAUGAAGCUGCGAGGUUGGGAAAACAUAAAAUUUUUCAACAGCCAUGUCAUUAUGGACCGGCGAACCAGGAGGGGAUCAGUUGAGACUAAAGCAGCACACAAGCGCGAGCAUGUCUGCAGGUGUUACCUCAAUUUGCGUAGAGCCUAACACAGGGUGGCUCUUCGUAGGCCUCUUCAAUGGGCAAAUAAAAGCUUUCCAGCAAAGACCGGAGACUGAACUCGUCUUAAAGGGACACACGAUGGCAGUCACGCAACUUUGUACUAUUUCCAUGCUUAGAGUUUUGCUUUUUUCUCUCAGGAUCUUCCAAGGAAAGACAACUAGUACUCGUCUUAAUAUUACUAAUAGAUGUGGCUUAGUAUGGUAUAGCGCAUAAUUUCUCGGCAUGAAGAUUAGACCUCAUUCCCGCGUGUAAAUAACUGUAUCAGCGCAAGAUACAAAUCAGACUAUCUUCAAACUAUCUUCCUACCACCAUGCAUCCACCACAGACGUCUACGACAAGUUUCUGCUUAGUGUAUCGAGAGACGGUUUCUUCCGAGUAUGGGAACUAGACGAAGCAACGCGCGACUUCAAAAACUCAUUCUCGGCACACGGGAUGGUAGGCGAAUUGAGCGCCAUAAGAACAGUAGGACAAGACGUAGCAAGCGCAAGAAUAUGGCUGGGAGGGAAUGACGGUAGUUGAUUUUAAUUUAGAGUGCUAGGUGGCGGGUGUAACUUAGGUAUUAGUAGCGUCCUUUCUCACAUUUAUAAUUUAUCAAUCCUAUCCUCUCGUUAUCGAUUGUUCGCGCUACCUAUCUCCUCCUCUUCCCACCAAACAGGCAUAGCUUGCGUGAAUAUGCAGCGGCUGAUAUGCGAGGGCACAAUAAAAACCGACGCGCCAGUAGUAGGGCCGUUUUUCAUAUACCAGCAAGACUACGUAGUAGUCGCUUUGCGGAAUGGUAACGUGAAGUGCUAUAACACUCAGGGCCAACCAAUAUUCGAAACUAGUGGGGCAAGAAGCGCAAAGAAAGUCUUCUGCUCAGAAAUGAUGGUCGGCCCAAACGAAAAAAUCGUCCUCUUGCUGGGAUGCGAGUACUGAUGAUUUAAAGUUGUUUUGGUUUGUUUUUUUAGCAUCAAGAGAUCAAUCAAGCCAGAGUUGUACUAUUUUCUUGAUCACACCACGUGAAUAAUAUUGCCGUGAUAGGGUUUCUUUUUCAAUUGUAACUGAGAGUCAUACUGUCCUUGUUCUUUCCCCCAAACUAGGUACGGCAUGGUCGUCGUGUAUGGUGUCCCGGAGUUAGACGUAAUAGGAGAAUUUUGCGUAAACAAGCAGAUGGCCUCCAAUGUUACUAGUCUAGCGGAUUGUGGCAACAAGGAGAUGUUCACCAUAGGAACUGCCAGUGGCGACAUAUACGUCUACAAGUGGGGGCCCGGUUUGGGCCAAGAUCAAAGUGCGGCAGGCGGCGGUGGCGCAACCUUUGAAGCACAACUACAGGGCAUGUUCGGAGCGCCUCAAGCAGGAGCGGUUGCGGCGCCUCAGCAGCCGGCAGUGAAUCCUUUUACCGGGGAAGCAAUCGGCGGAGGACAAGUUGCGCCAGCUGUGGGAGGGAUCGCACCAGGAGGAGGAGGCAUCAUGAUGGGAGCACAACCUGCGAUGAUGAUGGGAGGACAGCCACAAAUGGUGCAAGCAUCCACCUUGUUUCAGGCGCCUGGCGACAUAAUGAUGUAAUGCAACCUUUACAUCUACUUUUUUUCGCCUCUUCUACAUUCCCCAUACACGCGACUACAACCUCUGCCUCAGCUACUGAUUUAAUCCUCCCUUAAGAUUCAUUCAAUCACAGUUGAAAACCUUUCACGAAACCUCCACGUUUUAUCAACUCUCCAUGUUUCACCACACGACAGCGUCGUGAACCUUCUCCAAGAUGUAUCACCACAAGCAAGAACAAAAGGGAUAGUAUUCUAUGUAUCACUUCUGGGUUAAUAUUUGGGUUUUCUAUAGGAUUCACAGUUCCUAUACAUUGGGUUUCUACACAGCGACAUCAAGCGACUUGAAAAGGGACAGGCAGGCGUACGAAAUGUAUGAAUGCUUGUGGCACAAAUGAGAAUAGUGUUAAAAGUGUUAAAAAAAAGUCAGAAAAAAAGAACGC